CGGUCCGGUUUUUUCUAUGCAAUCACUUUCAGUCGUUUUUGAGACGUUCGCGUGUAAAGUACGUUGUGCGCAGCAACAACAAGCAACAGCAUUCGCUGAAUAUUGUCCGUCGCUAACGUUAAACGUAUCAAAGCUCCCCGCACCAAAUUUUGGCGCACAACAAGAGUUUGCGUUCAGGUGUUUCUCCCAACGAGUGAGUGAGUGAGUGAGUGAGUGCAAGCCGCCGUCAGAAAGUGUCGUACUGGAAUGCAAAUACAUUCUUACGCACCUUCAUAAGCACACACACAUACAUAUGUAUGUAUGCAUGUACAUAUAACAUAAGUGUAUGUAUGAAUAAGUGUAACGCUAAGGUGUUGUGUCCACGUUGACGAUGCUAAUAAUUUUUUGUUUUUACAUUUUAUGGGAAUUUUUUUUUAUUUUUCCAUAACUCUGCUCAACUUUUUUGACGCAACGCGCGCGCGCUGCUUCAUACUCGACGUAAGUGGUGAUACUUAUAAAUGUUUUGAUCAGCACAUGUUGCCAAAGUGGUAUCUGUGGAAUAAACAAAAACAAUAAAUAUUUAAUUUUUUUAUAUUUGUGUAUGUAUAUAUGUAUUGACAUAUGAAAGGCAUUCAUACAAUUUUAUUUAGUUUGUGAGUAACAAAAAUAAUAAAUUUAUAUUUGUUGUUUUGUGCUUUUGAAUUGUGGCUGUUUUUACGGUGUUUUUUCGCAAGGAAAGUGCAGCUGUGUUGUACAAUAUAAAAGAACGCUCCAAAGAAGUAUAAGCUGAUAUUCCAACUUAGUAUAAUAUUCUGUUGAUACCAUAAAAAGAAUUCUAUUAUUAUUUUAAUACAUACGUGUACAUACAUUGCCAGUUAAAAAAAAACAACAAUAACAAAGUAUAUAUGUAUAUAAGUAUAUGUAUGUAUGUAAAUAAAGAAAAUUAAAAAUGUAUUCCAAAUCUAUUAAAAUGCUAAUUCAAGAACCAAUAAAGAGCAAAAUACUUCGAAAGUAGAAAUGAACUUGGAGUGGUCAACGGUGUAAGAACUUUUGAAGGUUAAAAAAAAAACAUAAUUUUACACACAACGAAUCGGAACAACACUCCAACUAAGAAAGUAGACUAAUGGCUACUAGUAAAAUUCAACCAUAAAGCUUUUACAUACAUUUCACUUUAAGAGCAAAAGAAAGUCAAAAAAGUUUGCAGGAAACUUUUUAACUUGGAAACAGUUUUUUUUUUGUGAAAAUAUUAUAAUAUAUUAAAAAACGGGGAAACGGCGCGUGGAAAAUACCAUUAAAAUUUUUAUCUAACUAGCAAAAAUUAGGUAAUAAAAAACAAAAGAAAACACAAAAACCAACAAAUAAAAACACACCUGAAAUCAACAACAAUGAAUGCGCCACACAACAAUAAUCGCCUACGGCAACGACAUAAGUCAGCAGCAGGCGUUAUAGCCACACCACCGGCAACAAUUCAUCGGUCAUCAGCAGUAAAUUUAACAGCAACAAAACGACCAAAAAUAUUUUUUACCAUCGCGGCAUUAUAUCUAUGCCUGCAUAUUUGCUGUCUACUGCAGCUGGGCGAGGCACAUGUGGCGCUCACUUAUCCACCUGCGCGAAAAUAUGAUUUGGACUUUUUGGAUAACUCACGUACGAAGGGACCGUGUGGCAUGCCAAAAGGCACAAUACGAACUUCUAUAUUAUCUGGCACAAAAUUCAAUGCCACUUGGCACUUGGCAUAUCCGCAUAAGGGCGGCUUCCGCUUGCAGUUACUAGAUUUACUCGAUCGCCCCGUGCUGGAUCUAACGCCGCAUGUUAAUCAAUCCGAAUUCGUGCGCACCGACGUUACUGCCCAGUCCUUCGAGGUAAGCAUACCGAAAGAUUUUGAGUGUCAUAAUUGCACACUGCGUUUACUGCGGCAGGCUGACGAAUGGUCAGCGGGCUAUCGCUUUUGGUCUUGUGCCGAUGUUGAUAUCAAAAAUCGGAAAGACUUUCGUGAGACCUGCUCGGGCAACGGCAAAUACUUUCCCUCGCGUUGUAAAUGUGACAAAAACUAUUAUGGCCCACAGUGCCAAUACAAAGAUGAGUGUACCAGCAAUCAGGAUUGUGGCAAUCAAGGCAAAUGUAUAGAUCUCGGUGGCACAUCGUUGCCGCGUAAACAAUGUUAUUGUAAUUUUGGUUGGCAUGGCAUCGGUUGUAACAAGAAAUCACCUUAUAGAACUACAGAUUUAGAUAUGACUGCCUAUACAAUGAAACAGUUGUCGCCAGACUAUCGUCUGUACUGGCGUUUGCUGGAGGAGCAUAAGGAAAUUGAAAUUGUACUCAAGGUGAACGGCACUUCGUGGGUAGGUUUGGGUUGGCGUCCGAGCUCACUUAAUGCCGAAUGUAAGAACUAUCCUCUUAUACGUGAUAUUGGCGAUUUGACAACUACAUUGAUACCAAGUGAACCGAGUGCAGUACCUGAACCAGAACCCAGCGCUGAACCCGAGCCCAAGGCAGAACCGGAGCCAAGUGCAGAGCCAGAGCCGAAGGCUGAACCUGAGCCAAGAGCUGAACCGGAACCAAAAGCCGAACCGGAACCAAAAGCUGAACCGGAGCCAAAAGCCGAGCCUGAACCGAAGUCCGUGCCAGAACCUGCAGCUGAGCCCGAACCUGCAGCUGAACCAACACCAGAGCCCACCGCUGAGCCAGAACCAAGUGCUGAGCCUGCAGCUUCGACCAAAUCUAAGCGCGUGGCCAAACACCAAGAUGAUCUGCUGGAUAUGGAUGGAAUCACGUCGGUGGCAACAAGCGUUUCUUAUCGCGUAAGCUCGUCGAGCGGACGCAGGCGCCGUCAAGCACCAGAAACGACAACUGAAAACCUACGGAAACCAGAACCCGAGCCAAGUGCUGAACCAGAACCGAAAGCUGAGCCAGAACCCACUGCGGAACCAGAGCCCAGUGCGGCGCCUGAGCCUAAAGCAGAACCCGAGCCCAACGCUGAGCCCGAACCGAAAGCCGAACCGGAACCCAGCGCUGAGCCUGAGCCAAAGGCAGAGCCUGAACCCAGCGCUGAGCCUGAGCCAAAGGCAGAGCCUGAACCCAGCGCUGAACCAGAACCGAAAUCAGAGCCGGAACCAAGUGCUGAACCAGAACCAAAAGCGGAGCCAGAGCCGAAAGCUGAACCGGAGCCGAAAUCAGUACCUGAACCCUCUGCUGAACCUGAACCUGAGCCACAUGCCAAACAACAAACUAUUACCAAAAGUGAACCACAAUUGCGACUAAAUCCAUAUACGCCAAAAUUCGAUUUCAACCCCAUGGAUUGUACGGAUAUAGUUAUUGGUUCAGCACGCGGUAUGGCCAGUCGUGUUGGAGAUUAUUAUACUCGUGAUCGUUCCACACCACGUAAAGAUGAAUUUUAUGGUGGCAAAUCUGAUCUCUCACUCGGUACUGGCUUCGAAGAAAAUGGUAUUACCACAAUUAUCUUCCGUAAAAAGCUCGUCGCAAACGAACCCACCGACCACACCUUGGACGAUGCCUUGACACAUGUCAUUUGGGCGAAGGGUCAGGAACCGGGACAGUAUGUGCAUAUACCAGCGUCGGGUAUCGAAACGGAAGCAGCAUCUGUGCGAGACUUCUAUCAACCAGACGAACUCAAGUAUCACGGACACAAAAUGCAACGCGGUGUUACGCAAUUAAAUUUCUUCGAAAAGGAAAAAGUCAUCACUAAAGAGGGUGUUGUGGAAACCAGCACCAAUUUACUGGACAAUGACUGUAUGGGUCAUUGGAAAUAUCCAAGCGACUGUGUGCCUGAGAAUCACACCUGUGAGUACUAUGCCCAGUGGGAGACUGUGGGCCGCGGCGAUGUAAUGCGUUGGCAUAUCGAGACAUCGAAUACUAAGACCUGGACGGGUAUUGGUUUCAGCGAUGAUGAGAAAAUGUCACAAACAGAUGCGAUUAUUGGUUGGGUCGAUCGCAAUGGACGUCCCUUCUUAAUGGACACGUGGAUAAAUGGUUAUGGCGCACCCAAAUUAGAUGUGCGCCAAGAUAUUAUUGGCACGCCCUCCGGACGCAUUGAGUACGGUGUGACGAUUUUGGAAUUCGAUCGCAAGCGAGUUAGCAAUGAUGAGCAGGAUUUAUCAUUCACGGACGAUCAUUGUCUGUAUCUCUUCUUCCCUGUGCUGGGCGGCGCAUUCCAUGCUGUCAACAAAAAAAUGGCCAAACACGAGCGCACACCGACUAUUUCGUCCAUUCGCGUCUGCAUAAAGUCAUGUGGCAAAGAACUCGAAAGCAUCUUGAACACAGCCACCCCAGCUCCUAAUCGUUUAGUGUAUGCUGUCGGCGUAAAACUAAUGAACUUAGCAGAAUCAUUCGAGGCACCUCAACCGGGUUCAGUGGAAUUCAAUAACUUGGCGGCCACUAUAUCAGAUUCCUUCAAUGGCGUACUAAAUAAUAUACCCGGCUACUAUAAGACAGAGAUUGUGGGCUUUGAAAAGGAAGGCACAACAAUGGUCGCAAAAUUACAAGCAAUGUUCGAUAAAUCGGAUUAUGAAAAAGGUCAUGCGUUAGCGACAAAUAUGGUUGGUGAGGAUAACAGUGAAGCUGCUAAAAGUGGUGAUACUGUGCGAGCAGCAUUGUUGGAUAAAAUUUCUACCGGCAAAGUGGGCUCAUUAACGGUGGAUCCACAAUUUUUGGACUUUGAGGCACUAGAAUAUAAAACUGCUAACAAAAGUGAGGAUACACUGCUCUCAUUCUUCGAACUCUCCGAAGUGCGCUUGUACAUAGUGUUGGGUUUGAUAGCCGCACUGGUAUUCAUUGCCUUGAUACAAGCGAUUUGCACCAUUUGCAAGACUUCACGUAAAAAUAAGGCACAAAAGGACACACUCAUACAAAACUCGCCGUGGAAGGAAUUCGCCUCAAACACCAACUACGCUUUCGACCCUUACGGUGAGACGGAAGAGAAGAAUCUCACAACAUCUACAACUGUCGGCGCCUCUGGCAAGGAGAAGUCCUCACGCAGCCGUUCCUCCAAUUCGAACAGUCAACAACAAACCACACUACCCAUGUCACAUUCACCCACCAGCAAGUCUCAACUCUACUACGAAGGCGCAAAUGGUCAUGGCGGUGGUGGUGAUCACCGCUCGCGCAGUCGCAAUCACUAUGAGAAUGGCACGCAUGACUAUCGCAGCAACGGACGCGCACAACGUAGUACCGGUAAUUUAGCUGCUGCCGCCGCCGCCGCCGCCGCCAAUGAGAAUGGUCACUACGAUCGUUAUGAACGUGAUCGCAGCAAUGAGCGCGGUGGCGCUUAUACACGUAGCUCAUAUGCUGAACGCGCAUACUCGUUGCCACGACAACAGGCACAACAACAACAUCAUGCUAAUAUGCAGCCAUCCGGUUAUUAUACACAAGAGCGACGUGGCCACCGGCCACCGACCACGGCAGCGGCGCAUGCAGCGCGCGAUGAACAACGCAAUGGACGCCACUACCGCGACGGUUCGCGUUCACGUGAAGAUCCACGCCUGAGCUCGAGCGGUGGCGCUGAUACGCCGGACUUCUACUUUAUGCCAUCACAACGUAAAUACUCCGGCGAAGUGGUGCGAGUAUAUGUGGACUACAAUAAGGAUCCGAACAAUUGAGGGGGGCGCGCAUGAAAGUUUGGUAAUUAUUGGUAUUUGGGAAGAUUUCUAUUUUGAGCAUGCGAAGGUAUAUGUAUAGAGAAAUAAGGAUGCUUCAGCAGUUGUAGUUAUGCGCUCAGCUGAAGCGUAUACGUAAGCAACGAUGGUUGUUUGGAUUAAAAAAUAAAGUAUGUAGACUUCCGCUGACACUCAAGCAAGAGUUCUCAUUUAGUCACCCAAAUGAAGUCAAGCCACGACGUAAUACAGAUUAAUCCAUUACAGCCACAAGCAAACAAUUUUAGUCACGCGCAAAGAAAAAUUAUUUACUUAUAGCGAAUCCACCAAACCUUACUUGAUUGCGUUAAUCGAUAACUAUGCAUGCGUAUGUUGAUCGAAAAAAGUCGGUGCGUAGGGGGUAUUCAAUGGAGCACAAAAAAUACCUCAAGCCAAAUGCAAAAGCCUACAGCGAGUUAUUUAUAAAUUAAACCUUGAAUAGUAUACAACUAAGUACAAUUUUUUUUAUGUAUUCCAACAACAAAUA